CAUACAACGUGUGCCUCGUUGACAACAACCAGCUUCUCACACUCAUCAUCGGAACUCCGACAACUCGAAUACUGCCCUCGUCAGCUUCGGUCCAUCGGAACAGCUUCGUGCUUCCUUGGCCGUCGGCCAUCUCAAUCUCGCCGUAUCGCCGAACGAUACCCCCGCUGUCGUCAUCACCACCCAGUUCCACGCUAUCAGUGCCAUCGAGCUUUGGGGGAACUUCUGCCAACGAGAAACAGGCCUUGCCGAACUCAACAGCAAGAGACGGUGAGGCUGUAUGCCGGGUACAAGUUUCAGGGUCGAAAGAGGACUUGGUGUCGCUGCGACCUCAGCUUCUGCACGGAGUCGUGCUCCGCGCCACCGCAGAUAGGCCGCCCCGAUCCAUCACUAGGUGUCACAGGCAGUGAAGGCUGAAUAUCGGCUUCAGCAAGCACCUCACACCAAUACCGGCGCAGCCCUCCGGCUCCAAAUGCCUGUCCCAUCCUCACCAUCCAUGGCCAUGCGUUGAGCGGUAGGCCAAGAGUGGUUGCUGACCUCUCAGCUGUCUUCGUUGUCUAUCCAUCCUCGCCUACCGUUGCCCGCCAGACUCGCUCUGUAUCUAUUGGCUUUAGACAUGUUGCCUGCUGCGCUUCAGAUGCAUACUCGUCCAGAGCCGCCACCGCCCGCCUUCGAUACCUUCUCCGGGACGAUUGAUUACGAUGCCCAAGAACACGAUCUUCGUCCCCUCGAGGGCAUUGCGGCAUCACACCGACGCUCUUUUCCCAUUCGAAUAACGCAGACGCAUUUACACCCCUACCCGCACGAUCAUCAGAGCGCGAAGCCCCCCCCGGUCUUGGAGCUUCCAGAGUACAAGCUUCGCAGGAAGACACCGAGCGGCACCGUCGACGCGGCGUAUGAUGGCUCUCCGGUGCAGCCCGUGCCGGGACCACCUCCAUUCAAGCAAAUGAUAUUACCCGUCACCGGAACUACACGACAACGAGCCCCGGCCCAUGCCGGACAAUAUCCCUCCCGGCCGUCUUGGACUGCGGGGCAUGUGCCGCGUGGUCAUGAACAUGAUCCGGCUGUUCCUCCGUGGGCCAUGCACAUCCCACAAGCGCAAUUCGCAUUCUCUCAUGCUCAGGGCAUAGAUCACCGGCCGACGCAGCUCAGUCUCAAUCACAAUCCAGCGCCAUUCCGCAUGGAAGUACAACAGCCUGUUUUACGAGCGAAUGAAUACAAUGUCCGGGCCAUUUGCCCUCCGCCAUUUCCUAUAAAUGGAUCAUUUCCUUUUGGCCACAUUGCAUGGCAACCUGGAUCAUCGCCUUGGGCUUACCGGGGCUUCGACCAGUCUCCGGCCAUGACACUUAACCAUGGGCCACCAAAAAUUGUCUCUGAUGGACGUCCCGUCCUCUACGACUUGACAGGUCAUUCAGCCCCAGGCUGUUGGGCCGGUCCCAGCAAUCCUCACCGCGGGUCUGAGCCCAUCGUCUACGACACCAGUACUUGGAACGUCAACCAGGCACCGUUUUUGGCGCGAACACCGCUCAGUACAGCUCCGAGUAAUGCCCCUGGCUUUAAAGAAAAGGCGCUCUCGCACGCCCACCAGAGCUAUGUAGAUCUGUUGGCAUUUCUGCAAGCGAGUGGACGAGCCAAUCCUUUGAAGACGACAUCAGGCCACGGUGCACCACACAGGCUCUCUGUGUAUCCAAGACCCAGGAAACCGGUUAUCCGCUCGUCCUGGGAUCAUCGGCUAAGCGGCGGCACCACCACAGAUUUCCGUGGUUUCCCUACCUCGGAUGGUAUCAUAGGUAGCAGCCGGCCUGGAGACCACCCUAUGCCAACACUAGAAAACUGUGCCGGGUCAAGUCCACCGGGCGGACACGUCGUACCCUCCCCUAGUCUCGAUCUCUCUGGCGGAGCGCAAUUAUUCUCCCCUGGGCAGCAGGCCCCAGCGUCCUAUUAUUCUUCUUUCGCCGGCGCAUCACCAGCUGACAAUGCCAGAGCGUCAGCCGAGAUUCUUGAGAGCUUGUGUGAGCAGAGUGGGUGGAAAUGGGUGGAUGGUAUGCUACUCGGCGGUUGCCUGCACUAUGGCUUGGAGCGAUAUGAGGAAGCGCUGACGUGGUUCUCGCGAAUUAUUGCUACAAACCCGAGCCACGUUGAAGCCAUUACAAAUACGGCCGCCACGCUGUACUGCCUCAACAGGCAAGACGAGGCAGAGAGGCAUUGGCUCAAAGCGGUGGAGUUGCGCCCCAGUUACUUGGAAGCCACAGAGCAUCUAGUUGGUCUUCUGUAUAAGAAACGCAGCGAGGAGGCUGUGGACAUCAUAACUCACGUACAGCGCGCCCUGAAACUGGUUCCGCCCUCGGUUGGCGACGAGACCAGCUCAUGGGGCCAGGGUUAUGGAUCUAGCGGGUAUGCGUUACCGGGUGCUGAGAAUGGACGCAUUCUUGCCUUGGUCCAUGCCAAGGGCACUAUGCUCUACAGUCUCAAAAACACCGAAAAGGCCGCCGAAGCAUUCGAGGAAGCCGUGUUGAUCAGCGCGGGUAGGAACCUAACUGGAAUCCAGGAUCUGAUACGAAAAAUUCAGUCCUCUCUAUCGCCGGAUUCGGGCGAUUCUGCUACUGCAAAACAGGUCGACCAAUCACUCCGUCCAUUAAUGCUGCCGCCGGAAAGGGCCCGGCGCACGGCGCAGCUCGUGUUUUCUGGGGGUGGCGAGUUACCCGGCCUGACGUCCAUGCGAAAUGGACCUGCCCGACGGGCUGCGGUGCAGACGACAAGCAACUCGCUGCUCUCCCUCGCUAAGAUAUUCCAGGACGCCAUGUCAAGUGGUAGCGCCUCUCCUGGCAUUCUUCGAAGGUCAUCCAGUGUUGGUGAUAUCUUGGCCCUCUAUUACCUUUCACUCUCCCUACAGGAGAGCCCUUCGACAGCCAACAAUGUCGGGAUUCUGCUUGCGGGUGUCCAGCAAGUCGCAGCACCUUUUUCAAGGGCAGCGAGCAGAGAUCCCUCCACUCCAGGGGUGCCGGGGAUCAGUCCAGGAAGUGGCAUGGCCCUUGCCCUCGCAUACUACAAUUACGGGCUCCGUUUGGAUCCAAAGCACGUCCAUCUGCAUACCAACCUCGGAAGCUUAUUGAAGGACAUUGGUCAGUUGGAUCUCGCCAUACAGAUGUACGAGCGCGCUGUUUCUUGCGACGGGACUUUCGAUAUUGCCUUGACAAACCUCGCAAAUGCUGUCAAGGAUAAGGGUCGCAUCAAUGACGCCAUUUCUUAUUACAGAAGGGCCGUGGCUUCAAACCCAAAUUUUGCAGAGGCAGUCUGUGGCCUCUUGACAGCCUUGAACUCUGUGUGCAACUGGCGCGGUCGCGGCGGCGUCAUCUUGGAUGGCGGAAAGUAUGACCGUUGGCACGUCGAUGAUGAUGGAAAACUCCUUGAUUCGAACGCAAGCGGUCGAGGGUUUGGCUUAACGAAACGAGUCGUUGAUAUCGUAAAGCAACAACUCAGGGACUCGGCGUGCUGGGGCAGGCACACCCUCCAGGGCUCUGCCCCCUCUGCUUUGGCAGCCGAGCUUCAGCGUCACUGCAGCGAUCCUUCAUUCAAGCUGCGAGAGGCUCUGAACUCGUGGGCAGGCCAACCCUGGGAAGGAUCCCGCGUCCUGCGACUCGUUGAGCGGUCCACGCGGGUGAUACUUCGCGAGUGGUAUCUGGAUCGUUACGUGGCCAAACGAGAGGUCAGGUCAUCGUAUUCUCGGCCGCGUCUUCCCCCGAGUCUCACGGUCCCCUCGGCCCCGACCGUACUCCCUUUCCACACAUUUACAUGCCCCUUGACUGCUGGCGACAUUCGGGCAAUUUCCCAACGGAAUGCCAUGCGCAUAUCCUGUUCUACUUUGCGGGCACCGUGGCUUCCGUACACCGUCUACCCGCCGCCACCUCCACCAGAUCCCCACCUCAAUAUCGGAUACAUCUCAUCGGAUUUCAACAAUCAUCCAUUAGCUCACUUGUAAGAAGUCCCGCUGUGCACUCCAACCGCCUUCUCCACUUGUUCGUGCUGGAUUGAGAGGCUUGGGUUUGGCCGAGACGGCGGAUCUUUUAACUAACAUGGCAUGUCCUCAGGAUGCAAUCCGUUUUCGGUUUUCAUAAUCCAACUCGCGCGAGAGCUUUUUGCUACGCGACGACCCCAAGCGACAACUCCAUUCACAGACAGCAAAUUGAAAGAGAGGCACCAGUAUUUCGGGAUGUAAGCGCCUGGCCGCCGGAGAGACUGAUCGAGCAAAUUGUCCGAGAUGGCAUCCACAUCCUAGUCAAUCUCAACGGCUAUACCCGGGGGGCACGUAAUGACAUAUUUGCUGCCAGGCCUGCUCCAAUUCAGAUGUCCUUCAUGGGCUUCGCUGGCAGUCUUGGGGCGGAGUGGUGCGAUUACAUCCUCGCCGACACAACCGCUAUCCCCCCCAGUACGCUUCGGCCGUGGCGCCGCAAUGUCGACAUCGAGGACAUUACUCGAGACGAUUCAGAGAGCGGCGAGGGAGAAUGGGUGUAUGCGGAGAAUAUCAUAUUCUGUCGCGAUACCUUCUUCUGCUGCGACCACGCCCAGUCUUGUGACAGCAGUGAGAGGGCAAUGUCUUGGGAAAAUGAGAAGAAACGCCGUUGGGCUAUGCGAAAGCAGCUUUUUCCCGACAUGGCGGACGAUGUGGUCAUCCUCGGAAAUUUCAAUCAGCUUUACAAGAUUGAGCCAACCACUUUCCGGUCUUGGCUCCGGAUCCUAGCUCGUGUUCCAAAGGCUGUCCUCUGGCUCCUCCGGUUUCCGGAGGCGGGCGAGGGCAAUCUGCGGACGACGGCCAGGGCGUGGGCAGGGCCGGACGUGGCAAGUCGCCUGAUUUUUACCGACGUUGCACCCAAGAGCCAGCAUAUCGCUCGCGCCAGGGUGUGCGAUCUCUUCCUGGACACACCGGAGUGCAACGCCCAUACCACGGCAGCGGACGUUCUCUGGUCGAGUACACCGUUGCUGACGCUCCCACGAUACCCGUACAAAAUGUGCUCGCGCAUGGCAGCAUCGAUCCUCCGCGGCGCAUUACCCCGGACAGCCGACGGGCAACGCGCCGCAGGCGAGCUGAUUGCCGAGAGCGAGUCUGCGUAUGAGCAGACAGCGGUAGCACUUGCCUGCGGGCUCUCGUAUGCAAAGCCCGGGCAGGCCGAAUACUGUGAAGGCCACGGCAGACUAGCAGAACUUCGAAAGCUACUAUGGGACAGCAAGUGGCGCUGCGGAUUGUUCAACACUCGACGUUGGGUAGACGACGUUGAGAGCGCCUACGAGGAGGCUUGGCGGCGGUGGGUCGAUGGGGUCGGUGGCGACAUAUACCUCUGACGCGAAUACUACUAUACUAGUAGCAGUAAUGCUCUGUCACGGUGCGGGGGCCCUGUCAAGGCUGUCGGGUAAGCGAGGGGCUCCUGCGAGGCUAUUCGCCUUGGAAAUGAACGACGACAAUGACAAUGAUUGAUGACAACGGGGCCGGUCGCUGCGCCCGAAAGCGGCGAAUCAAAGCCCCCUAUUACCUGUUCCCCCAGCCUGGCUUCUUUUGGUGGGAAUUUCAUGCAAAAAGUGGGCCUGUUUUCCUGCACUUUGUUCCCGGGCAAUGCAUCGCGAUGCGACCUCGAAAUGCCUGACGGCACCCCCGAAGGGUACAGCACAUAGAACCUUAUACCGCCUUGGGUAGCCAACGAUAGCCGAGAACCGCAUGCAAGCAGGUUCAGUAGUCCUUCCCCACCACGCCUACAUAGAACCCCGAGCAAAGACCGGCGCCUUGAUGUGGAGCGAGAGUCCAAGUGCUUACCAUGUCAGGAGUCUGGCCAUGAAUGACUUGGCCAAAACACUGCAACCCCGACCGAUACUGGUGUCUUUGCUGUCACGAUCGAGGCUCCGCAGCAUCAGUCCCCCAGAACACAUGAUCACCGGCCGGGCAUGAUCACACACAAAGUCUAGUAACAGCACGUAUCAAGCGUUGUCGAGCAAAAAGAAGAAGGGAAAACCCCCACCUCGGGAACGGCGGGUGCGGAGGACUGUGACGUCUUCAAGCACUUUGACUCUAGUGGUGUUUGUGUGUUCACGCCAAGAACAAGCUUUUCUGCGUUGACUUGGGUGGGCAGGUAGAGGUGAGCCAUGUGGUGGCCGGCUGAGAGGACUCAAGCCGGUUGCUGUCGAAUUGGGCGGCAUGGCUCCCUCAUGCCGCGUCUCGAGAAAGAAGCAGGGUGCUCAGAGCUCGAGGACCGAGGGGUUGGGGCGCGUCCUGCAGGCUCGUGCAGGAUGUCUGAGGCAGACAAACACACAUCUCUCUGCAACCAAGCCAUUGAUUACCCGAGUGGUCCCGUUGGGACAGGUGCGGCGUGAGAGGCAUCCAGGGCAGGGCCGGCUGUCGCGACGGGGGCCGAUGGCCGUUGAUGCGAAGUCGAUCCGAGUACUUCGUACUAAUGUACAUGCCAGAGUAACUGGCCAAGGGUACCUUUCUGGUCAGUCGCUCUGGAAAGAAGACUCGCGGCAGGGCCACGAGGGCCGGACAGUGCUCGAGGUACCAGGCUCCUUAGUUGAGAAUAGGUACCUGACCUGAUUCGAGAGGCGCCAGUGAUCAACAACUCUAAUCCUGUGCGGGCUACGCAGUAUGACUUGGUCCGUACCGGGAAGGGUGGGCUCGGGACGGCCAGGGCCGCGGAGACCCCACCGCGAUCCACUCUUGGAAGAAGGCUUAAAAAACUUCAGUCCCAAGUCGUUCGUUGCUGCUUGCUGGUGUCCCGAAGCUUCGUGUCUGACACGGCCGCGCGAACCCAACAUGAGCUGCGGAGCGCUGUGGCGGCAGCAGGGCUGAACUCUCGAGCCGUACGUACGCUUUUCAAAAACAGGUCGGACUCUAUUUCGUCGCGGCCGUAGCACCGGCUUAUUGGGUUGCAAAGGCCUUCCCCAUCCGACAAGAUCUGGCGUUGAAGGCAGAGAGGCCACAUGUCCCGUUGACGAUUGCCGUUGCACUCUGGCGGAACGCCCGCAUACAGCAGAAAAACAACAGGCUUGCUCUGCGUUGCGCGUUUCCGUCAACUGGCGGCGCGUCACGUGGCGAGCAUGGCUUGUGCUGGCAGUAAGCAGGAGCAGCCUGCCAGCUUGCAAGGCACGACCCGCCAGAGCUUGGGUCAUUCAUCUGCGGCGUGCUUGACGGACUGUUCGCAGCGUCAACGGACGCCCAAGUGUGCACUUUGGGGUGUUGGGACGCCCGGUUCCUAGCCCGGUGCAUCGGCUGGGAGCGCGGAGUGCCAACACCAAGGCUGCAGGUCGUGCGGAGCCGGCAGGCUGGUGGAGAGGAAGGAGAGAGAGAGAGAGAGAGAGAGAGAGAGAGAGAGAGAGAGAG